AAGCAAGGAUAAUUUUAUAAUAGGAGCAUUUCACAACUUGUACAUCAAUUCGCACGCUCAGCACAUGCGUCCGAGAAAGCUAUUCUGUCUUCUCCUUUGGCUGGUACUACAAUAAAAAUUGUCAACCUGAAAUCAUAGAAUAGAAUAGAUCAUCAUUGACGUCCACGCCUCACCUGAGACAAAACGAUCAAAUUGCCUACAUUUGAGUCGACUGACAUCAGGAGUCGCAAGAACAUUUAUCGCUUUAGGCUGAAUAACACGGAACUCCAAAGUAAAGUCAGUAUGUUUGCUUUGACAGUGUAAAUAUCAAUCGCGAGCAGAGAGAGCCAUAGCGCGCGAAUUUUCUAACGUUGAAUUCUUCAAGUGGAGUAGGACACAGAAAGGAGUUUGUCGUCGCCAUGGAGUUGAAUUCAGUGCUUUUGACUGCGGGUGGCUCUAUUGGAUUUUUUAAACUUGUCAACUGUGGUGUCAGUAAACUCCCUAUUCCCGAGACUGCUUGCAGAAACGCCUGGAAAUGGAGAAAUAUCUGCACAUCUUUCACCCACAGUCUGAUAACUGGGAUAUGGGCUGUACUGUGCUUUUUCGUACACCCACAGAUGGCCGAAGAUUUGAUAGGAACCCAUUCUGUGUUCUCGCACACGUUGGUUUCUGUAUCAAUUGGCUACUUCAUCUAUGACUUCCUUGAUAUGGUGCUCAACCAGAAGAUGAUCCUGUCAUGGGAGCUCCUAUUCCAUCACACAGUGGUGAUCAGCUGUUUCGGCAUCGCCGUCCUGACCGGUCGCUACGUGGGCUUUGCUGUGGUGGCCCUCCUGGUUGAGAUCAACUCUGUGUUCCUCCACCUGCGGCAGAUCUUACGCAUGGCCAACCUAGCAGAGGGCAACCUCUACCGCAUCAACAGCAUGGUCAACCUAGGUACCUAUGUGGUGUUCCGGAUCAACACCCUGGCCUGGAUGACCCGCUGGCUGGUCCUGAACCGGGACAACAUCCCCCUGUUCAGCUACACAGCGGGGAGUGUAGGGCUAGCCAUUAUGACCGCCAUGAAUAUAGUGCUCUUCUACCGCCUGCUGAGGUCUGACUUCCUCAAGAGUAGUACACCCACGCCCACAGAUUGUAAAGAGAGUAGAGGGCAAGGAGAGGGAAAGAAGGAGACGUAGGAAGGAAGGGAGGGAGGGAGAAGAGAUAAUGGCAGAGAUUGUAUAAUGGCAGAGAUGGAUAAGAUGUCCUUGAGUAUUUGAUAGGGUGAGCAGGAUGUAUGAACACACGUACGUAUGUACACACACAGGGAGAUACAUAAGACAUCCUGUAGCGAAGCCGGGAGAGUGAGGAUGUCAGUCACAUACAAACACACACACAUAUAAAUACACACUUUGUGGCCAACAGACCUUGUACCUUAUGCCUGUACUCUACCUAAGAGAUCUGACCAAAUACACUUCCCCAUCUCUUCUGUUUUGAGGUACAGGCGUUUACAAUUCACACACACAAGGUCCAUUGAAUGAUAGCCAAAAUGAAGUGACACAUCUAUGAAAUAAUUUGUGUGUAUAUAUGUGUACUGUGUGAGUGUGCAGGAUAAUGUGCUCUACUGUACCUUAGAAAGUUUGGGUUCUCACCCAAUCGGUCGUGUGUGUGUGUAUAUAUAUAUAUAUAGUCAAAAGUUUGGACACACCUACUCAUUCAAUUUUUUUUUAAAUUGUAAUAUUUUCUACAUUGUAGAAUAAUAGUGAAGACAUCAAAACUAUGAUAUAACACGUAUGGAAUCAUGUAGUAAAAAAAAAAGU